AUGUACCGGGUUGGAGGAAAUGACGGUGGAAGAGAAGAACCCGCGAGAUGGAAGGUUGGCGAGGAACUUGGAGGCUCCGCCGCUAGAGGCAGCCGUUGGCUCGGACCGGCGCUGAUCGGGUCUAGUCGCAGACGGGGCGCGGAUCACUGGUGCGUCGGGGACGGUGCGCGUCGGGUGGCUGGGACACGCGGUCGCGGGAUAGACGGGUGCAGACGCUGGGUUCUCGAGCGUGUGCGUCUCUGUCGUGGGACUCCUAGGCCGAUGCAGAUUGGGCUCGGGCGUCUGGGGUCACGCGGGUGUGCGGUCCGUGGGAAGAGCAGCACGCGCGUGUUCUCGCGCGCUAGGAUCGGGGCACGAGGAACUAGGGUCGAUUGCAGGACACGAGCAGGCAGGGACGGCAAGGCACGGUGCAUCGCUAGUGACGUGCGGCAGCGUCUGGCUGCGCGCGGUUGCGGGCGUUGGCUUGCGGCUGGGCGCUGGGCGGCUUCCGGCAACUUUGGGUGGCGGCGGUUGACCGAAAAAUAA